AGGCUGGCUCAAGAAGAACCUUGAGUACUCAGUUUCAAUAUCCUGCCCAGCAAAGAAGCAAUCAGCCAAAAUGAUGCCUGGAGGUUUAACUGAAGCCAAACCUGCCACUCCAGAAAUCCAGGAGAUUGUUGACUCGGUCAAGCCACAGCUUGAAGAAAAAACAAAUGAAACGUACGAAGAAUUUGAAGCUGUAGAAUACAAAACCCAAGUGGUUGCUGGAAUAAAUUACUUCAUCAAGGUGCGGGUAGGUCAAGACACUUAUAUUCACCUAAAAAUAUUCAAACCUCUUCCUCAGCAACAGGAGUCUUUGACUCUUACUGGUUACCAGACUGACAAAAGCAAAAACGAUGAGCUGACGGGCUUUUAAUGGCAUGUUCCUGAGUGGUCGGAUUCCUUCUACUGGCUACUGAUGAAUAAUUCCUGCUAAUAAAUGCAAAACAUUCCUUUUUGAAUAAAUACAUCCUUUCAACUCUG